UCCGGUCCCCGCAGCCCCCUUUCUCUGUUUUGAUUUCUCCUGUGUGCGGACACUCACCGACACUAAGCAGCCAUGGAUGCCAUCAAGAAGAAGAUGCAGAUGCUCAAGCUCGACAAGGAAAACGCCUUGGACAGAGCUGAGCAGGCCGAGUCAGACAAGAAGGCAGCUGAGGACAGAAGCAAGCAGCUUGAGGAUGACCUGGUGGCUCUGCAGAAGAAGCUGAAGGCCACUGAGGAUGAGUUGGACAAGUACUCUGAAGCCCUGAAGGAUGCCCAGGAGAAGCUGGAGCUGGCUGAGAAGAAGGCUACUGAUGCUGAGGGCGAUGUGGCCUCCCUGAACAGACGUAUCCAGCUGGUUGAGGAGGAGUUGGACCGUGCUCAGGAGCGUCUGGCCACAGCCCUGACCAAGCUGGAGGAGGCUGAGAAGGCUGCUGAUGAGAGCGAGAGAGGCAUGAAGGUUAUUGAGAACAGAGCGAUGAAGGAUGAGGAGAAGAUGGAGUUGCAGGAGAUCCAGCUGAAAGAGGCCAAGCACAUUGCUGAGGAGGCUGACCGCAAGUAUGAGGAGGUGGCUCGUAAACUGGUGAUCAUUGAGAGUGACCUGGAACGUACAGAGGAGCGCGCUGAGCUGUCUGAGAGCAAGUGCUCAGAGCUGGAGGAGGAGCUGAAGACCGUGCAGAACAACCUGAAGUCUCUGGAGGCUCAGGCUGAGAAGUACUCACAGAAGGAGGACAAGUACGAGGAGGAGAUCAAGGUUCUGACAGACAAGCUGAAGGAGGCUGAGACCCGUGCUGAGUUCGCUGAGAGAUCAGUGGCCAAGCUUGAGAAGACCAUCGACGACCUGGAGGACGAGCUGUACGCCCAGAAACUCAAGUACAAGGCCAUCAGCGAGGAGCUGGACCACGCCCUCAACGACAUGACCUCCAUACCAUCUUUACAAGCAGCUUGAGAAAAACCGCCUCCUCACCAACGAGCUCAGAGUAGCCCUAAACGAGGCCUGAGUCGCCGACACUUGUUGUCCGACCUGUCGCCUACCGUGAAGACGACUGUCUGACUCGGAACCAAAACCUUUUUACCAUCAGGGACAUGCAUGUCGAGAGAAGUCACCAGGUCUGCGGGUGGAUUUUAGGGUUAAAACGUUUGGCCGUCAAGGUCGGGGCUGUUAUGACUGUUGUGCUCAGCUGAAGAUUCCAUCCUGUAGACCUUCUGUAGCUCUUCAUCUGAAACUGUUGGUGUGGUGUGCGAUCACGCUGCCUUCAACUCACUCUUCUGUUCUCCAUUAAACCACCUGGUGUGACUGAAAGUUUCCCAUGCGGCCACCGACUGUGAGUGAAGAGUUUGAACCCUCUGUAGUGUCUGGAGUCCACACAGACUCAUGAGUGACUGCAGACAUGUAGAAAGUGAAGCGUAGCCAUGUCCGUAUUUAGCAUGUCGUUCACCCUCUGCUCCUCUUUGGUUUGACUUGUAACGUCUGCGCUGCUGUAUUAACAGAUGAACUCACUCGUCUUAAAGCGGAGAACCUGAGCGUAAAGCAGAUGCUGGAUCAGACGCUCAUGGAGAUGUGUAACAUUUGAUCUGACGCCGCCCGCUGGCGCCGUCUCGCCCUGAAGAAGACACAAGGUCCAGCUCACGUCGAAGCACUGGGAGCUGUUGCUCACUAACUUGACAGGAACUCUGCGGCUCUUUUUCUGUUGGGAGAAUUUGCACUUUUCUUGGGAUGUACGGAGCAUCAUGAAUAAAACAUUGUUUUGUA